CGGGGGGGGAAGGGCAGGGUUAAGCGGGGUUGCGGUAUUGUUCUAGUUAGCAUUAGCACCGGAUGCUAAUGCUAGCUAAACAACCUAGUGCUUUAUUUUAAGCCAGAAUAUCAUUACUGAACCUUGUCAUGCAUACAUGUAGAUUUACCUAGGCAGCUAAUAUUAGCAUGCAAAACAACCAGCCAUAACAUUAAAACCACUGUCCAGUUCCACUAGUGAUGGUCUGUCUAGUUCCAGUGGCACCUGUCAUAGGGAUGGCUGUAUUAGGCAGCAAGUGAACAGUAAGUUUUUAAGACUGAUCUGUUAUAAGAUAGGAAAAAAUGGGCAAAGGUAAGGAUCUCAGCGACUUUGACAAGGGACAGAUUGUGAUGGCUAGACGACUAGGUCAGAGCAUCUCCCAAGCAGCAGGUCUUGUGGGUUGUUCCCGGUCUGCAGUGGUCAGCACCUACAGAAAGUGGUCCAAAGAAGGUCCACCAGUGAACCAGCGAUUAGGCCAUGGCCGACCAAAGCUCAUUGAUGAGCACGGGGAGCAAAAACUAGCCCGUCUGGUCCAGUCCAACAAGCAAGCAACUGUAGCAGAACUUGCAGAAAAAGUCAAUGCUGGUCGUGAGCAGAAGGUGUCGGAACACACAGUGCAUCGCAGCUUGUUGCGCAUGGGUCUGGGCAGGCGUUUGGUGAAAGACACAAACAAGCCAAAAGCCAGGACCUCAGCGUACGCGUUCUUUGUCCUGUCCUGCAGGGACGAGCUUAAAAGGAAGAGCCCAGAUACUCAAGUGAACCUAAGCAUGUUGUCCAAGAAGUGCUCAGAGGAAUGGAAGGCUCUAAGUCCAGAUGAGAAGAAGAAAUUUGAAGACAUGGCAAAGGCUGAUAAGGCUCGCUAUGAUGAGGAGGUGAAGAACUACAUACCCCCAAUUGGCAGUGAGGAGAGGAAGAUAGAAAAGGAGGGCUCCAUUGAACCUAAACGACCUCUAUCUGCAUUUUUUAUCUUCUGCGCUAAACACAGGAACACAGUGAAGAGUGAGUUUCCAAACCUGUCUAUUGCCGAAAUUGCCAAGAAACUGGUGGAGAUGUGGUCCAAUCUAAGCGCAAAAGAACGCUCGGCCUUUGAGCAAAAAGCCAUCCUGCUGCGUGAGAAACAAGCAAAGGAUGGCGGUAUUGGCCUAGCUGGAGGCUCCACUAAGGCUGCCCAGACAGAAGCUGAUGAAGAUGAAGAGGAGAAAGAUGAAGAAGAAGAUGUGGAGGAUGAAGAUGAAGAAGAGUACGAGGAUGAUGAAGAAGAAGAUGAUAAAGAAGCUGCAUGGCCAGAGAUGAGUGCUGGCUCGUCACGAACUGCAGAGUCAUCAUAAGAAUCUGCCUUGGGUGGCUGUUAAUUGGUUUUCUAUAGGAGGUGAAAUUGCUCCAUCCAUGUGUCAGAUCUCCGGCCUCAGCUCACUGACAUGUGAUUGUCGCUUCUUAGCCCGAUACCCUUGUAAGACUGUACACCAAGACUACACCAAAGUGCCAGAGCAUUCUCUUUCACAUUUACACACACAAACUUGCACAUGCUCACACAUAAAAUACUGUAUAUUGCUUUUAUAUUAAAAAUUAAAAACCGAGUUUCUUUCUGUAUUAACAAUAUUAUUGAAUGGUUAGCAGAGGUUCUUCUAUUUGUGUUCAUACACAUAAGGGUCUCUAAAUAAUUUGAACCCAUGUAGAGAACCACUAAGACUGAAAUAUGGGCAUUGUAUUACAGCCAUGUAUCUGUAUUUAAUCCUUUCCUGAAGUAUUCCAACAACAUGGUCUACAGAAUGGUCCACAUUAAGGAAUAAAAUGCUGGUUUUAUAGCCACUGCUGCUUUUUUUUGUUGUUUCACACUGUCAGUCUUCAUGCCGAGGCUGUUGGUCAUUCGUUGUUUACAGGAAUCAUUACAAAUAGCAAGUUCUGUUUUACACCACUGUUUUUAGUUUUUUUUUUUUUAACAAUAUUGCAUUGAUUAUUAUUUUAUUUUAUUUUCAGCUAUUUUCAGAACAAUUUUAAAGUUCUAAGUUGUUUCCCUCACUGUAUUUGAGUGUGUAUGUUUAUGGGUUUUAUUUUGUCAAUGAUUCUGAUUCUACUGAGUGAUUUCUGUAUAAGCAGAACCUCCAACAUUUAAAUAUUUAUUUUUUUUUACAUUUUUGCUCUGUUUACCACCUAUGUCCAUUUAGAUAUUAGUUGCAGUUCUUUUGAUUCUGUUGUCAGGGAUUUUUAAUUCUGUGUUUGAAUUAAGAAAUCAGAGCCGAGAUUGUGGGGUCAGGUUAUGCAGUAUCUGUAAAAGGGAAAAAAAACACAAAUUAUCCUGUAAAGUCAAUAAUUUAAUUCAACAGUGUCCCUGAAGUAUUAUGAAUAAUAUUUGUAAUUUUAAAAUGUUUGCUUAACUUAAAUAAAUUAAAGUUAAUAAACUAAACUAAAAAGUUAUUAAACAAUGUUCUCACUGUAAUAAAUCAUUCCAACAGUUAAGUCGAAUCAUUCCUUCUCAUCCAUUCAUCUAAGUGAAAAAUGUAUUAAAUAAAAGCUACAAUGAAACAACUGAUUUUUUUAGAGAGGGACCACAUCCUGACUUCUCCUUUUCCUCCUUUCUAUAUAUACACAGCAUCUACUCUACUAAUUAUUUUAUUAUUAUUAUUUUUUUUUCUAUUAAGCCUUGGUUACAUUUCUGUUUGUGCCAAUAAAGUGAACUUGCCCAAAUAUGGUACUGGUUGUAUUUUUCCCCACAGUAUAUUCUGUGUAUAUGUUUAAUCUCUUGCACAAAAAAACUCAUAUCUCAAAUAAAUAUAUUUUUCCACUUUUUGACAUAA